AUGAAGCGCAAGCUAGAUGCUAACGACGUUCCAUCAACAGACGCCACAGGAGGAGAGAAUGAAGCUCAAAUCACAUUCGAAAGUCUUCCUCUUGAUCCGCGAUUACGCCAAGCACUGGUGAAGGAAAACUUCUCGAAGCCGACGCUGGUUCAGUCCAAGGCUAUACCUUUAGCUCUCGAGGGGAAGGAUAUACUAGCGCGGGCUAAGACGGGGUCGGGUAAGACUGCGGCAUAUGUUCUUCCAGUGUUGCAAUCCAUCUUACAGAGAAAAUCGAAUGAUCUCUCAUUGAAAGAAACCUCUGCUCUCAUCCUGGUCCCGACGAGAGAACUCUCCGAGCAAGUCCAACGAGUCAUUGUAUCCUUUUCGUCGUUCUGCGGAAAAGCUGUGCGCUCCGUCAACUUGACCCAAAAAGUAUCCGACUCAGUCCAACGCGCGAUGCUCGCUGAUGUUCCCGACAUUAUCAUAUCCACCCCAGCACGAGUGGUUUCCAACGUGAAUAACUCCGCCUUAUCUUUGGAUCAUCUUAGGCAAUUGGUGAUUGAUGAGGCCGAUUUGGUGUUAUCGUAUGGUUACGAAGAUGAUAUCAAUGCUUUAGCCAAAGCUGUUCCUCGAGGAGUUCAGACAUUCUUGAUGAGCGCAACUCUCACAUCUGAAGUCGACACAUUGAAGGGCUUAUUCUGUCGGAAUCCCGUGAUUCUGAAAUUGACCGAAGCUGAAGAUGAAGGUGGUGGCAUUAGUCAAUUCGCUGUGCGUUGCGCCGAAGACGAGAAAUUCCUUCUCACAUACGUUAUUUUCAAGCUACAGCUUGUUAAGGGAAAAUGUAUAAUCUUUGUUGGAGAUAUUGAUCGUUGUUACCGUCUCAAAUUGUUUCUGGAGCAGUUCGGUAUCAAAAGCUGUGUCCUUAACUCAGAGCUUCCGGCCAAUUCGCGCAUCCAUGUUGUGCAGGAAUUUAACAAAGGUGUAUAUGACAUUAUCAUUGCAGCCGAUGACCAAGAAGUCCUCGGCACGAAAAAGAUCAAAAAGACAGCUGCGGUCAAGAAUGCCGACUCUAAUGAGGUCGACGACGAUGCCGAAGCAGAAAUAGAAGAAUCAAGCGAUGACGAGGUCCAACCAGAUGAAAGCGCAUCGACGAGCAAUAAAAAGCAAAAGCUAUCCGGUAAGCAGAAAGAUUACGGUAUUUCUCGCGGCAUCGACUUCCAGAACGUCGCCUGUGUGCUCAACUUCGAUCUACCCACAACAUCCAAAUCCUACACCCAUCGUAUUGGCCGUACCGGUCGCGCCGGCAAGACAGGAAUGGCACUCUCCUUCGUCGUUCCCAAAGAAGAAUACGGCAAACACAAACCAACCAGCUACCCAACCGCAAAACAUGACGAAGCCGUCCUAUCCAAGAUAAUCAAACGUCAGGGCAAACUCGGCCACGAAGUGAGACCCUACCACUUUGAAAUGAAACAAGUCGAAUCCUUCCGAUACCGUAUGACCGAUGCCCUUCGCGCAGUGACUCGAUUAGCAAUCCAGGAAGCACGUGCGCGAGAAAUCAGGCAGGAACUCAUCAAAUCCGAAAAACUUCGUCGCCAUUUCGAGGAAAACCCUGAUGAACUGCGUCAUUUGAGACAUGACGGUGAGAUUCGUGCAGUCAGGAUUCAGCCGCAUUUAAAGCAUGUGCCGGAUUAUUUGAUGCCGUCAAAGGGGAAACAGGGCCUUAUGGCGGAGGAUUCGCAGCGGCAUGGCGUUGGGAUUGGGAAGACGAGUGAGAAUCGGAUUCGGAAGGCGAGGGAGAGGAAUAGAGGUAAGGGAAGACGGGGUGCUGUUGGUAAGAAGGCGGACCCCCUCAAGAACUUUAAUGCAAAGGGGCGGAAGAAGUAGAUUAUGAAGAUUUACGUAUAAAAGUAUUUGGAUGGUUAGUGUACAUCAAAAUUGAACUGUUGUUCACCUUGG